UUUAAAUAUAGCGGCAUGGAACGUAUAUCUAUUGUCCUUUCCCAUAGCUCUAAAAGGUUGUACAACUACAGUCAUUUGCGCAAUCUAGUCCGCUUUCUCUACACGCAUUGCGACAAUGCAGCGACUUGUGAAUAAAUGUACGCUCCUAGCACUAGUAGGGUCGUCUCUGCAAGCCCCCGCGGUGAAAGAUCCUUUACUGGACAACCCAGCCGAGUUUCGUCGUAAACCUCUGACAUUCAACGAUGACGGAACAUUUCAGGUUUCGAUUUUUGAAGACCUGCAUUUUGGAGAAAACGCAUGGGACUCUUGGGGGCCCCAGCAAGACAUCAACAGCGUCAAAGUCAUUAACAAGCUACUCGAUAGCGAAAAGCCAGGGCUCAUCGUGUUAAACGGAGAUCUCAUUACCGGCGAAAAUGCCUUCAAAGAGAACAGCACUGUCUAUAUUGACAAGAUUGUUGAGCCCAUUGUAAAGCGCGGCCUAACCUGGGCGUCAACCUACGGCAACCAUGACAGUGACUUCAACAUUUCUCGGUACGAUAUCCUGGCUCGAGAGCAGCGUUGGCCUAAUUGUCGCUCUCGGAAUAUGGUUACCGGAAGAAACGCGGGCGUUUCAAACUACUAUCUCCCGGUCUACUCACCAGAUUGCAACACAUGUGGCUGCAAGCCAGAGCUUCUGCUUUGGUUCUUUGACAGUCGGGGCGGCUUUUUCUACCAGGAGCGCAAGGCAGAUGGUAGCCGCAAUGGACAGCCUGAUUGGGUCGAUUCAAGUGUCGUGGACUGGUUCCAGAAAACAAACGCCCGUAUCACUGCCCGUUUCGGCAGUGUGAUUCCAUCCUUGGCCUUUGUUCAUAUUCCAACAUAUGCAUCAAUGGCCAUACAGAUGGAGCAUGGCACAACUAGCAUCGACCCAAACAAGGAACCUGGAAUUAACGAUGACUACCCGCUUGCGCCACAAGCUCAAGGAUGGUGCGCAGACGGACGCAAUGAUGGUACAUGCACCUAUGGUGGGCAAGACAUUCCAUUCAUGCGAGCCAUCACCACUACCCCAGGCUUAAUCGGUCUCUUUUCUGGCCAUGACCACGGCGCCACAUGGUGCUAUAAAUGGGACCGCCUGGUCACGAGUAUGACAGUCAAAGGAAAUGGUAUUAAUCUGUGCUUCGGACAACAUACGGGCUACGGCGGAUACGGCAACUGGAUUCGUGGUGCUCGUCAGAUUCGCGUUUCGCGCAAUAUCUUAAAGGAUAAGUGGGAGGCUGAUACGUGGAUUCGCUUGGAGAGCGGCGGAGUAGUUGGCAGCGUAAGUCUCAAUGCCACAUACGGCCAAGACAACUACCCAGCCACUCCCAAUGAUAAGACGUACUGUCCUACUUGCAACUAUACGGUUGUGACAAGCCGGCCACCUGCUGCGUUCAAAUUCAAUAAUCAAAAGGGAGACGUACCAAGCGAAGACAUGAAUCAUGGCGAGUGGGUUACAUCACAAAAUAGCGAUUAGAUUGAAUGUUUGAAGAAGAAAGGGGUAUUUGUAUUCAUUAAAUGACCAUGUAGGUCGAUACAUCAAAGUAUUAACAAUGCUCUCAUACCCACUAGAGCAAAUCCAAAUAAUGCCAUGCUGCUCACACAGCGUCCUUCCACCACUCCAUGUCUUCCCGAAUAAUAAAAUUUGUCGAAUAUGUUCGUCAGUGCGUGUUUGCUAUUAUUGUUGUUGUUGUUUGGUUUUGUUGAUUUUCUUUUGUUCAAUCAGUCUCAUUAUUGAGCACCCAUACGGUCGAUAAUGUCAGACAACGUGGAUCCUUCCUUGUGUGUGCGCUUGGUCUUCUUAGACGCCUGCUUGCUACCUGUUCCGUUAGAAGUGGAGUUAGAUGUGGUCGAGUUGCUGGAGCUCGUGUAAAUGCGAGUGCCAGCGGCAGCCUUGACAGCUCUGCGCAUAGCGGCGCCAGCGGCAGCAUUGCUGCUGGCAACAGGGACUGUUCCGUUGCUAGUUGAGUUGGAACCAGAGUAGAUGGUGAGCUUGGCCUGGUGAGGAGCGAUAGGGGGGGCAGCUGCAACGAUGGUGGCAGUAACUGCGAUGAUGACGGCGGCGAACUUCAUCUUGAGUGAUUGUUGGUUGUGAGUUGGUUUGGAGUGAAGCUUGUAGAGGUUCUUGUCUAGAUGAGUUGUGAAUGAUCUGAAUGGGGAAGAAAAGUCACUAAUUCUUGGCGAAACCGUCGCUUCUUUAUACUCAGAAGUCACAAACGACACUCUCGAUGUCAUGCACUGUCUGUCGCUCCAGGUGAGCACACUGGCACUAACAGUCUCAACGUCAUGGAUGUAUCUACGUGGCAACGUCGAGGUCCGCAUAUCUCUGUGCCGCAGAUCUGUAAAAGCUUGUACAAAAAUUAUCGAUGGUUGCCCAGCCAUCUU